CUUCACGAUGGCGGAAAAGGCUCUCCCAAGACCACCGCCGUCUUUCUGCGGACGCAUCCAGUUUACCCAUCAGCCUUUGGACCACACCAAGCCUUCGAUACAUCUCCUCGAGGUGCUUCCCGAUCUAUUGCCUGACGGUCUGAUUCAGUGUACCAGGUUUCACGCAACAAUUGAGGCUGGGCACACAUAUUUAUCAUAUAUGUGGGAUCCACUGGACCUACCCAAACAAUCUCAUGUCAUUGUCGUUAAUGGCAGCAAACCACAUGUACGACGAAAUUUGUUCGAUAUCCUGGGAGUGAUCAGGAAACUGCAGAACCUUCGAAAAGUGUAUUGGAUUGAUGCUAUAUGCAUCAAUCAGAACGAUGGUGUAGAAAGAAACCACCAAGUCCAGCAGAUGGGCGACAUCUAUUUGAAAGCAGCUUGUGUCGUUACAUGGCUUGGCAACUGUGACAACAUACCAGCAAGCGACAUCCCCGAAGUGAUUAUGGAUAUUGUAAGGCCCUUCCUUGAUGGCAAAACAAGGAAAUCGGCAAAAGGCAACAUGAAAUACAAAUAUUCAUUAUUUCGCUGUACAUUCGACAAUCCAUAUUGGCGUAGGGCAUGGGUCACACAUGAGAUCCGACUUGCACGUCACCAUAUGGCAAUGUUGGGAUGUUGCCAGAUCGCUUUCAACGACCUGACAUCGCUCUUUGGGGAAGUCCGAAGAUGGGAUGCAGCACAAGAUAAGAAGAUCCUACAAGUCGAAUCAAAAUUUGACUUUCUAAAAGAGAUUUCUCGUAAUGUAGAUCGUGAAGACGCGCUUAUAAAUCUGAUGGAUGAUUUCUACGGCAGGGAAUGUAGUGUUCGCCAGGACAGAGUAUUCUCCCUCUUGUCCUUUUGUAACGAGAGCACCAAACUCAGCGUCGAUUACAGUUGCUCCAAAGAGGAUCUCAUGUAUCGGAUACUCGACACUCAUGGCCCUUUACCUCUAUGCUUUUGUUGCGCCCUAGCCCUUGCGCAAAAUCUCGAGUUAGCGGAUCCUACCUCAUGUCGGAGGAAACUGGGGCCAUGUAUUGAAGUUAUUCUUGACCCAUUUCCCAAGGAUUCGGACUUGAUCACAAGAGCUGGCGAUAGAUACUUUUUCUGUCGAUUCGUCAUCGACACACAGUGGCUUCAUCUCCAGAUUAGAAGAAAAACGCCGGUUCUCAGAUGGAACGUGUACUGCAUUUCACGCUAUAGAAGACUGAAAAUUUAUUGCGACAAGGUCAAAGAUGAUAUGGCGGUCAAGGUUCUUGCUGAAUAUGGCCUUGAGAGUACGAUCUGUCAAUAUGGCGAAGGCAUUGAACUAUCACCACUCCUCUCAGAAGAAAGAUGGCACUUCGCAUCUCUUUCGACAUGA